ACCUUCUUCUUCUCCACACACAAAGAAACAAGAGAAAGACGAUCUCUUUUUUCAUUUUCUUUUCUAAAGGUUUCACUUUUCUUCUUCUUCUUUACACAACACAUGAAAAUCCCAGCUUCUUCUCCUCAAGACACGACCAACAACAACAACAACAACACUAACAGUACUGAUAGUAAUCACUUAUCAAUGGACGAACAUGUCAUGCGUUCUAUGGAUUGGGAUUCUAUCAUGAAAGAAUUAGAGCUUGAUGAUGAUUCUGCUCCUAAUUCUUUGAAAACCGGCUUUACUACAACCACCACCACUGAUUCUACUAUUUUGCCUCUUUACGCCGUCGAUUCAAAUCUCCCUGGCUUUCCCGAUCAGAUUCAACCGUCCGAUUUCGAAUCAUCAUCCGAUGUUUAUCCUGGUCAGAACCAAACAACCGGGUACGGGUUCAAUUCUCUUGAUAGUGUCGACAAUGGAGGAUUUGAUUUCAUUGAAGAUUUAAUCCGAGUCGUGGAUUGUGUUGAAUCGGACGAGUUACAACUCGCUCAGGUGGUUUUAUCACGGCUUAAUCAACGUCUGAGAUCUCCGGCGGGUAGAGCGUUACAGAGAGCUGCGUUUUACUUCAAGGAAGCUCUCGGUUCGCUUUUAACCGGAUCUAACCGGAAUCCAAUCCGGUUAUCUUCUUGGUCAGAUAUUGUUCAGAGGAUCCGAGCGAUCAAAGAAUAUUCCGGGAUUUCUCCGAUCCCUCUCUUCUCUCAUUUCACGGCGAAUCAAGCGAUACUCGAUUCUCUGAGCUCGCAGUCGUCUUCUCCGUUUGUUCACGUGGUGGAUUUCGAGAUCGGAUUCGGUGGCCAAUACGCAUCGCUCAUGAGAGAAAUCACUGAGAAAUCUGUUAGCGGCGGAUUUUUAAGAGUUACGGCGGUGGUGGCGGAGGAGUGCGCCGUCGAGACGCGGCUGGUGAAAGAAAACCUAACUCAAUUCGCGGCGGAGAUGAAAAUUCGUUUCCAGAUUGAGUUUGUUCUGAUGAAGACUUUCGAGAUGUUAUCUUUCAAAGCGAUUAGGUUCGUUGAGGGAGAGAGAACCGUCGUUUUGAUUUCUCCGGCGAUAUUUCGUCGUGUGAGUGGAAUCACUGAUUUUGUGAACAAUUUACGGAGAGUAUCACCUAAAGUUGUCGUUUUCGUCGAUAGCGAAGGAUGGACAGAGAUCGCCGGAUCUGGAUCGUUCCGGCGAGAGUUUGUUAGUGCUCUUGAGUUUUACACGAUGGUGCUGGAGUCGCUCGACGCUGCAGCUCCUCCCGGAGAUUUGGUGAAGAAGAUAGUGGAAGCGUUUGUGCUACGACCAAAGAUCUCCGCGGCGGUGGAAACAGCGGCUGAUAGGAGACACACCGGUGAGAUGACAUGGCGGGAAGCUUUCUGCGCCGCCGGAAUGAGGCCGAUUCAGCUAAGCCAGUUCGCCGACUUUCAAGCUGAGUGUUUAUUGGAAAAGGCGCAAGUUAGAGGAUUCCACGUGGCGAAACGACAAGGAGAAUUGGUGCUGUGCUGGCACGGAAGGGCACUUGUUGCCACGUCAGCUUGGCGGUUUUAGAUAAACCGGGAUUGGUUUAAACAAUAUGAUAUAGAAGAAUAGAAUUGUAUCUACCGC